AGUGCGCAAAAAUAGAAGAUAGGCGAAUGAGACUCUGAACUGAUAAAGGGGGUAUAGUUUGUUCAAUUUGCCAAGGGACAUCCUUUAUUCGUCUUAGUUCGAGCUGCACUUGAUACUUGGGUAAAAUGUUAAGAGUAUUGGAGACGUUAUUGAUCCUCCUGAUGUGGGGUUACUGCGUUCUGGCCACGCAGGUCUCCUUCUCCAACUUCUCCAUGGACAACGAGGUGCGCUCAAGCUUCAUCCAGCGGCGGCUCCGGAGCCAGGAGCGCAGGGAGAUGCAACGGGAGAUCCUCUCCAUCCUGGGGCUGCCGCACCGCCCGCGGCCGCACGUCCACACCAAACAAAACGCUGCGCCGAUGUUCAUGCUGGACCUAUACAACACCAUAUCCACAGACGCACAGCCGCCCGGAUAUUCUUACUACAAGCCCGUUGUACCGACCCAGGUCUCCCCCAUGGUGACCCCGCAGGACAACCGCUUCCUCGAGGACGCAGACAUGGUGAUGAGCUUCGUUAACAUCGUUGAUCAGGAUCAGGAUCAUCUGUUCCAACAGCACAGACGAGAAUUUCGGUUCGACCUUUCCCGAAUCCCAGAGGGAGAGGCCGUUACAGCAGCCGAAUUCAGGAUUUAUAAAGAAUUCAUCCAGGAAAGCUUCGAGAACCAGACGUUCAGAGUCAACGUGUACCAGGUCCUGCAGCAACCUCCAAAUAGUGAAGUGGAGCUCCUCUUGCUGGACCAGCGAGAAGUGUGGGCUGCAGAGGAGGGCUGGCUCAUCUUUGACCUCACGGCCACCAGUAACCUGUGGCUGUCGGACCCUGAGCAGAACCUGGGCCUACAUCUGGUCCUGGAGGACAGCCGCGGUAAGUCACUGAACCCCCUGCUGGCAGGUCUGGUGAUCGGCAGUGGACCUCAGGACAGGCAGCCUUUCAUGGUCGCCUUCUUCAGAGCCGAUGAGGUGCGUUUACGCAGCAUCCGCUCCGCUCAGGGCCACAAAGGGCGCCAUUCUAACCGCUCCAAAUCCCAGAGGACUGUUCAAGAUGCACUGAAGGCCGUAGAGACUGCAACAGAUAACCUCAGCAUCUCUAAAGAGGGAUGUAAAAAGCACGAGCUGUAUGUCAGCUUCAGGGAUUUGGGAUGGCAGGACUGGAUCAUAGCACCAGAGGGUUAUGCAGCGUACUACUGUGAGGGAGAAUGUGCCUUCCCUCUAAACUCCUACAUGAAUGCCACCAAUCAUGCUAUUGUGCAAACUCUGGUGCACUUUAUCAACCCGGAGACGGUCCCAAAGCCCUGCUGUGCACCUACCCAGCUCCAUGGCAUCUCUGUGCUGUACUUUGACGACAGCUCCAAUGUCAUCCUCAAGAAGUACCGCAACAUGGUGGUCAGAGCUUGUGGCUGUCACUGACCGCCUCUUCCCCCCUCGCGUGAGCUCUUU